UUCACAUGAAAACCUGUGGGAAUGCAAAACGAAAAAGUUCCCUGGGGUAUGGUCCUCCCUAGCAGGAACUUCUCUCUCUGAAAGCAGCUACUGUUGACGUCCAGGCGGUUCCACCUGUGCCCCUGUGGUCCCUGGGUGUCCUCCUGGCUGAGCCUGAGGCCUCCUGCUGUCUCCCCUAGUCUCAGAACCAAGGCCAGUGUUAAACCUCAAACCUAAAAAAAACCUGCUGUCAACAGACUUCCUCCUGAGUCAACCAGCUGCAGUUUGGACAUUUAUGUGGAACCAGUGUUUCAGCGCCGCUCCUUAAAGAACUGAAAGAGUCAGAGAUGGAAGGAAUCUAUGCAAAUGUGGAGGUGACAAAAUCUGACCACUGCAGACCUCUGCCUCCUCAGACAGCUCCCCAGGGCUCAAAGACGGGUUUUUAUGGAGCUCUUGUCUUUCUGGGACUGAUCUGUGCUUCCUUAUUGAUUGGAGUCAUCGUCCUUGGUGUCUGCUACACUAAGUCCAUACGUGGCUCGGCUGCAGAACUGUCCUCUGUCAAAGCCAACCUGACUGAAAUUCUCCAGACCAGUCAUGACCAAAUAUCCAACCUGACGGAGGACAGAGACCGGCUCAAUGCCAGGCUCAUCAGAGUGACUCAGGAGCUGGAGAGGCUGCAGAAUCUGUCCAAAACAAGUGGACCGUGUGUUGCAGGAUGGAAGGUGUUUAAAGACAGUUGUUACCGGUUUUCAAAUGAGACAAGAAACUGGGAAGCAGCCAGACAGGACUGCAGAAACAGAGGAGCAGAUCUGGUGAUCAUAAACAGUAAAGACGAACAGAACUUCAUCUCAAGGUUCAAGCAGGAUUAUUGGAUUGGUUUGAACGACCUGGAAAAGGAGGGAACCUGGAAAUGGGUUGAUGGAUCUCCGGUCACUCUAAAGUUCUGGAAAGCAAAGCAGCCUGACAACGGUAAUAAUGAUCCACAGUGGGGUGAGGAGGACUGUGCACAUGUCACUGGUUCAGGCCAGUGGAAUGAUCUGUCGUGUUCCUACCCUUUCCACUGGAUCUGUGAGAAACGUUGUUUCAACUAAUCAUUUUACAAAUUCUGUAAGAUCAUAUUCAAUUAUACCUUACUCAUAUCUUAUUAAAAAUGAUCAAUUAAUCCUCAUGCCUCCCUAAAAAAGCAAACAAACAAACAAAAAA